AUGCGCGUCGCGGAAUCGUCGCCCGGUACUUCAGCAAACCAAGCAACAACACAUCCGGCGAUAGUGCAGCUCCACGCGGUCUUCGAGGACGAUGCGGGAGUUCAUCUCGUCAUGGAUUUGUGCGACUCUGGCGACCUGUACGACGAAGUAGUGCGACGGGGAAGGCUACCCGAGAAGGAAUCGGCUCUUCUGUUCCGACAAAUUGCCUCAGCUCUCGCGUUUUGCCACGCAAAGGGUGUGAUGCAUCGCGACAUGAAACCGGAAAAUAUUCUGCUACAUAAGCAAGGAGACGCUUCUAACCGGCUAACCGUGAAGCUUGCUGAUUUUGGACUCGCGAUUCCGCUUUCAGCCGGCGAAACUACUCGAGGAAUUUCCGGUUCGACGUUUUACAUGGCGCCUGAGGUGCUCUCCGGGGAGUACGGGCAUUCUGCAGACGUAUGGUCGCUCGGGGUUCUACUCUUCACAAUGCUAAGUGGUGCCGUUCCUUUUUUCGGGGAUGACAAUAGCGAGUCCACGGAGGCCGUCUUGAAUGGACAGCUGGAUUUCUCUUCACCGGAAUGGGCGACGAUUUCAAUUGAGGCGAAAGGGCUGAUUCGCUGCAUGCUCCAUCGAGAUCCUCGGCGACGGCCAACCGCUGCGAAGGUCUUAUCUCAUCCGUGGGUGCUGCUGAACAACUACCGCCCAGACCACAAGACCGAGGUCGAUUCCACGAGGUUUCUUGAAGACGCGAUUGCGCAGCUCGAAAUGGACCUGUCUACGGUCUUCGAGGCCAUGCGGGAGAAAGAGGAGGAGCUUGCAGAGGCGGAGCAACGGCUACUGUUCGACCGGGAUAACCUCGAAACGGCGCGCGAAUUGAUCCAGGAGCGUGAAGCGCGUCUUGCCGAGAACCAGACGGCUCAGUUGUCUUUAAGGGAAGACGCGGAGAAGAUCCGCGCGAAGCUGGCGGAGCAGACGGAGGAGCUGCUCGCGGCUCGCAAAGAAGUGGACUUGAGGAGUAAGGAGAUUCGCGAGGCGAAAGAAGGGUUGGGUAAGAAGGAAGAGGAGAUCACUCGGGCUCAUGCGGCGAUUCGAGCGAGGAAUGAGAAGUUGAGGCUUGCCGAAGCUGAGCUUCAGGCUCAGGAGAGCCAGCUUGUAGCUUCGACAGCGGAGGUUCGGCAAUUGCGGUUGGAUCUGAGAUCUGCGGUUUCGGAAAAGAAACGGCUGGAGGAGGAGCUUGAGGAGUCACAGAAGGAGCUGCGACGGCAGGAGGGUAAACUGACCGCCAUGGAAUCAGAUUUGGAGAAAAGAAGCGGCAUUGUGACAGCUGCGCAGAAGGAGAUUAGGAUUCUUCAGAAGCACCUAAAGAACUCUGGAGUAAAAGGAGAGGCUGCGUCUCGGGAGCUCGCUCAAGCUAAGUCGAUGAUUGGUGCGGUGAAGGCGGAGUUAAAGGUGUCCAACGAAGCUCUGAGCAAAUUCCGAUCGGAGGUUCACGAGCUCAAGGCAUCCGUGGCCAGACGGGAACGCGAGGCGACGAACGCGGCGAUGCUUCUAAAGAAGCGGGAACGGGAGCUCGAACGGGCCAACGCGGAACUUGCCAAGGAGAAAACGACGUUGCAAGAAGUCCGCGCCUCGGUUCUGGAUCUCGAGACUAAGUUAAAGCACGAGAUGGACGCCUGCGAGACGCUCGCGACGGAGGUUCGAGACGCGCGGUCGAAGCUUCGCACAGCCAUGUCCGAAGCUUCCGAGCUCCGUAAAUCCGUCCGGCAGGCGGAGUCAGAACUCUCAGACGCCAAAAUCACCCUCCAGCUUAAAGAAGCAGAACUUAUAGGGCUCCGCCUGGAGCUGCAAGAAACUGCAUCGGAUCUCUCUAUAGCGAAGCAGGACCUCAAAUCCCGGUCUGAGGACCUCGACUCAGUGGCUAACGCGCUGGAGAGUCUUCGCCGGGAGCUGGCCGCUGUAAAGCUGGAGCUUCAGGUGAAAGAGGAGCGAGUGGCGGCCUCCGAUAAGGCCCUGGAGAUGCGGGAUCAGACGAUUGGGGCGAUGGAGGUGAAGCUGGAAGGCAGCAACGCGCGUUUGGCGGCGGCGGAGACUGUCGUGGAGCAGAUCGCGGAGCUCUCGCGCAAGCUCGCGGAUUCCGCGCUCGCCGCUGGGGGGUUCGACAUGGGCGUGCUGCCGUCCGGGAGAGCGGUGCAGAGCGGCGGUGUGGGGUCGGGGGGGUUGAGAGGCGGGAAGAUGCUUGUGGGGGAGAGCGUGCUGCUGGCUGAGACGAACCGAGAGCUGUUUGCGGCGAGCCGAGCGCUGCUGGAGAAGGAGCAUGGCAUGCAGCUGCUGCAGGAGCAGGAGCAGGAGCAGCGGGCGCAGAACGAGCGCCUAUUGGAGCAGCUCCGGGCGGCGAGGGCGGCGCUGGGGGAGAAGCAAACCGAGCUGGACUCCGUCAAAUCCCUCCUAGCCGAGCGGGAGGAGGAGAUCCGGCAGCUGACGGCGCGGUGGGAGGAGCGGGAGGCCGCGUUGACGUGCAUGCGCGCGGAGGUUAUCAGCGGAGCGCGGGAGAUCGCGCAGCUGCGGGACGUGAUCAUAUCCGCAUCGUCGCUCAAGGCAGGGCAGGCGGGGCAGGGCGAGGGGGCGGAGGAGGUUUCACAGGCGGAUCUGGUGGCGCAUGAAGUGGUGAAGCUGGAACUCGAGGUGGCGAAGGUGGAGGUAGAGACAGCUAUGUCUGCUCUGCAGGGCCUGGCGGAUCUGAGUGCACAGCUCAAGGCAGACGCUGAAGACCGCCUGCUGCUGCUGCUGCCCGCAUCCUCGCCCCACUCCUCCACUUCUUCCGCCGCUCAACAACAUGACUCUCGUCCUGCUCUGGCCUCUGCCGCUGCUGUGAGAGCAUCAGGAACAGUGGCUCAACAGGGGGAAGAGGAGGAGCAGCAGCAGCGGGUGCAAAGGCAGCAGAAGGAGCAGGAGCGGAAGCAGAGGGAGGAGCAAGAGGAGGCACGGAUGCAGCAGCAGCUGCAGGAGAGGGACAAUGCGCUGCGCAUGGCGGUGCGGGCCAUGUCCAACCUCACGCGCCUGACUCAGAAGCUUGCUGCUGACGCCCAGGCAGAGCUCUCGGGAGAAGAGCCAAUCCUGCAGAUGUAG